CGCCUUCGACCCAUAUGGUCUUCGUUCCCCACAAGUUCCAUCUACACGAGGAAAUGUUGAACGUCCUCUACCUAUUUACGACGACGAGGAGGAGGAGGUAGUGCCCGAAACUCAAAAUUUGGGCGACGAUGAAUAUGACACCGGCGACGAUGAAUAUAAUGUGGAUGAAGACGCCGACAACGAAGAAGAUGACGCUCGGGAUAAAAAGGGAAAAAUGGAGAGCCAAAAAUGGACAAAGGUCCAAGAAGAGGCGUUGGCGAAGGCGUGGGUACAUUGCUCUACCAACAAAAAGAAGGGCAAUCAACAAAACCGCGAUAGUUUUUGGCGUAAGAUUUUAGAUCAUUUUAACGCCACCAUUGGUGGAAGUAACCGGACCGUGCAUCAAGUACGGUCUAAAUGGGGCCCGAUGAUGACGAAAAUAAACUUUUUCAACGGCCUAUACCAACAAGCGGAUCGCACAAUAGGAAGCGGGUGUAACGAUCUCAACUUGAUGAAAGUCGCUUUAAAGGAAUUUAAAGAGAGAUAUCCGAACGGUUUUCAACAUGUCGAGGCAUGGGAGGUCGUUCGAAAACACGAAAAAUAGGCCCAAGUCCCAUUGUUGGGUGAGGAAGGGGAAGGUUCGGCACAAAAAAGAAAGCCCGUUGACGUGGACCUUUCCAUACCUGUUGGACCGUUCUGAUGUCCUAAAACGUCAGUAAAAGCAGUUCAUCUUCACAUACGAAGGCGGAAUCAACGUAAAUGAAGUCAAACACAACAAUUCCUUUCAAUUUUUCCUUCUAUUACUGUUUGCAAGUCUUUACAACAAUUCUGAAUAUAAUUGGACAGCACCUCGACUCACAAACACAUCAACAACUACUCUGAUCGUUUGAGAAUGACCAAUAUAUAUAGGCAUGGGUUGUCCGUUUGAAUCAUGUUCAAACGGCCAAGUCUCAAACGGCCAGACAACCUCAAACGGCUAGACUAACUUCAAACGGCUAGGGUUCUUUCAAACGGCCAAGAUUAAAUCUAACCUAAACAACCCUAUUUUAACCGUGUUUAUACAACCGUUUAGCCUAUCUAGACACAAGACUUGAUAAGACGUAGUCAGCAGACAUUUCGUGCACCAACAGACUCCCCCUUGGAUGUUGACGUAGUCUUUAGCGCCUGAGUCUUUAGUCUUGGUCUUUUCUCCAAUUUUGUCUCUUCAUUGUAUCAAGUCAAUCUUCACAGGUUCAAAAACUUUUCCUAGUUCCAUCUUCAGUCUUCCCUUUGGAUGUUGAUCCAGACUCCCCCUUUCAGAGACUCCCCCUCUCAGUAUGCUGGGAUCUGAGGUCUUGUUCUGGUUCAAGCUUUGACAAUUAGCUUCCAUGGGAAUAAUGAAGUCUCAAAACCUGUAACUCAACACAUAACAUUACACUUCUAUCUUUUCAACAAUAAACCACAAACACAAUCAGUAUUAGAAAUCCACUUAA